UGGUUUAUGCGCCCGGUCAUUCGUUGCUUUUGCACGAUUUCAUCAGAUUUUUAUUUGUAUAUCACACUCGAAUGCUACAAGUGGUCCCGCGAGCUAUUCGCUGUUUCAAACAGCUUUACGAAGAUAGUGAAAGUUGUGAGACAUUUCUGUGGCUCUUUCGAAUUGGUACAUCCCAUCGUACGAGUGCGUACCAAUGUGCGUUUACUUAUUUCGAAACGCGGUUAUUUUUAACAAUAAGCAAAAAUAAACAAACCUCACGAAACAACCAAAAAUUCUCACAUUUUGUCACCCCUUCGCACAUUCACGGACUUCCUAUUAACUGACACCGAGCACCAGAGAAACGAACAAUUUUAGUGCAAACUGCAAUGGAACUUUCUUUCGUUGCCGAUGCAGUCCUUACAAAAAUCUGCUGAGAAGAUGGAUCGUGUGGAACGUUGAACGAGUGUCGGUAAAUUUUUCGGAAAAGUGUGAAAAGCCUGUUGAGCUUUUUAAACUCUAACAGAUAUAUUUUUCCUGAGCUUUAUACACGACUCUACAAUGUGUACCAAUGUGGUCCUCUGAUCUCUCGAAGAAUUAAUCUGCGCAGUUGCUGAGUUGCCGUGCCGGCGACGUUGAUCACUGAUGAGAAUAACCGAGCGGAAAUCUUUGACGUUGGAGUAACCAAGCGAGAAAUUAAUCUGGCCUAUCCGAGGCAAUACCAACAAUGAGUUGACUUGGGAAGCGAAUACGAGGAAAAUAUUCCCGGAACAGUGGUUAAAUUGCAGAAGCGAAAGAAUAAAGGCUUCGUCAAGUUACCGAACCGGAAGUGACCGUGUUGAAAAAUGAGCUUUUUCAAUUCAUUGCAACAGUACGUCAGUGAUAGCGUGGCUAAUCUUGGUUUGAGCCCGAAAAGAUUUUCCUUCAGUCGAGAGGACUCGACCGGAGACCAAAGCGGAAGGACCGGCUCCACCGGAAGCGUUACAUCCACGACAAACAGCAACGUCACCUCACAAUCAACAACUCCUCAUGGCUUUCCGAAGGUCGUGCCUCCUCCAGGCACUGUGACACCAGCGGCUCAUGCACCUUUUCUCUCCACCCGACGACGCACCCUCGACUGCACUUCCGGCUCAGGCCUCUCGGUCCAUCCGGCAACCGGUGGGGGCGCCGUCUCCCCAAGACGACAGGGCUCUUUCAGAAGAAAUGUUGCUCCGAACGACAGACCACCAUUGGCUUUUUGCAGACGUCGGCCAUCCUGGCCAGAAGUCGAUAUCCAGGCUACGUCAGGUGUGCAGGAGACUGAUGGAUCUUUCUUCGAAAGUUUUACUGCUUUAUCGUGGAAACAGGAAAAUCGUAGAUUGAUGGCGCUCCAGGAAAUGGAGGCACGAGCGGAAGAGUCACCACCGACACAACGGGAAUUCAGUACACAAAAAUACAGACUGAGCAAGAAAGAGUUGGAACAGCUGUACAUAGAAGUCCUUUACACAAUUGCAAAUACGGUUGGUGCAAGUACAGGAAAAUAUACGCACUACAAGGAAGAUCUUUUCAGAUAUGCUCAAGAAGCUUUUGGUGUGUCGCCAGACCAGCAUAUAAGAUUUCUCAAGCUUGCAUCGGAGGAAAAACCACCCAUCGUUGUCCUCAACGUUGUAGUCGUUGAAGCUGAUGGACUUGAAGCUAAGGAUGCCAACGGUUUCAGCGAUCCUUAUUGCAUGCUGGGUAUCCAGCCAGGAAAUAGUGGACCGCCACCGAGUCCGCAAAAUUUGACCGCUCAUUUGCCACACACGCCUCCUCCGUCGCCUCGGCAAGCUACACGAGCUUUAUCCGAUGGUGGUGACAACGACAACUCCCAUCACGAGAAGCUACGAAAGCAUCACAGUUUUAGACUCUCCUUCAAGCGGAGAGAUCAAGGUAGUAAAAGAGAACACAGAGAAUCCUUGAGUGGAGCAGUUCCAGCAAAAUUCAUUCGAGCAACUUCGGUCAUACCGCACACCCUCAGUCCACGAUGGAACGAACAAUUUCAUUUUGACAUUGACGAUACUAAGGCGGAUAUUCUUCAUCUUGAUAUUUGGGACCAUGACGACGAGUCCUCCGUUUUCGAUGCUGUGAGCAAGCUGAACGAAGUUCGCGGUGUCAAAGGUCUCGGGCGUUUCUUUAAACAAAUAGCACAGAGCGCGAGAUCGGGCAGCCAGGAUGACUUUCUUGGAUGCGUUAACAUCCCUCUUCACGAUAUUCCCAGCACUGGCUUGGAUAAUUGGUACAAGCUGCAGGCUAGAACGCAGCGAAGUAACAUCCAAGGGCGUAUAAGGCUCAAAUUAUCGCUGUCUACUCGAGAGGAUCGAGGAACUUCGGAAGAGUACAACUGGGGAGAGUUGAGACAACAAGAGAGACUCUUCACUGUGUUCCUUAAUCACGAGUUGAGCAAGCAGACUGAUUUUAGCGACGAGCUACCACAAGCCGCAAUGACAAUCUUACAUCAGCACGCGAUACAGGGCGAUAUUACGAAAUUGCAACAGGCGAUGAUAAGGUGGGUGGCGAGCUCGAAGAAUCCGGCUGUCGAACCGAAGACUCUGCAUCGUCUUCUACAGGACUUGAACGCUCACUGGCAUACCGACAACUUGACACCCGAAGAAGAAGAAUGUCUCGCAGACUCGUUCAACGCGUUCCUUGAAAUGUCGGUUGAAAAAAUUCGACAUCAUCGAACGUUAUUUCCACCCCUUCAUCGAGCUGCUAUCAACAAAUUAGAUUAUCUCCUCAGAUGUCUUGGUUUUUUAUCCGCUAUGAAAGCUUUCUCGAAAUGUUGUCCAUUCAACAAGCAGAUAAGAGGAGAAAUAAUAUCGGCUCUGAAAAAUGGGACUCACGAAUGGUAUGGCGAGAUUCGACAACAGACAAUGGGCCAUGACCAAGAACCCGAUCAGGAUAUAGAUCGAGUAUUUCAGGAUUUUACAACCCUCGUGACGACUCUUCUUAUUGAUCUUGAACAGGGUCAACUUUAUUACAACACUCUCUUCGAAAAAACAAACGCCAUAUGCUACUUUGCGGUGAUUUACAAGUAUCUGGAAAAACUGCUGGCGGAACACGUGGCGAAACACAUGGAGAACACGGCUGAGAUGAGAAAUGAGCUCGGAGCUCGCGUACCAGCAGCUUGUCUCCAUGGUCAAGACAACAUUGACGAUUACGUGCUACCACCCGGAGCCGAAAUCGGCACCCCCAUAUUCGAGCUUUAUUUGGCUCUGCAGGAGUUCGUGAACAUGAGGCAAAAUCUGCCGUCGUCAGAUCGCAAGAAUUUAGCCAUAUGCCAAUACUAUCAGUGGUUCAUACCAGCGGUUGAUAAAUGGUUGGAUCUUGCAAAGUUGAAAGCUCAUCAGCGAGUGAGGAGAGCGGCCGAACUGGAUCGUAUUUGUACUGGCGAAAUGAUCGUUAAACAUUGCACGUCUGCGGUUGAUGCGACUGCAUGUUUUUAUCAGAUCAAGGAGUUUUGGAAGCAAUUAGCCUGGCCCGAUCUUCCCGGCUCUUGUACUUUCGUUUUAAAAGUGAUAGACGCAAUUUGUAGUGCAGCAGCUUAUUAUGCAGAAAUGACACAUCAAAAAUUAGCCGACAGUGGCUACUACGAAGAACAGACGCCUUAUAAGACCACUGACGAGGUAAUCGCUCAGAUGUGUGUCGCCAUAAAUGGCCUCGAAUACGUAAGACGCUGGCUAUUAAAUCUUGGCGAGGAACUUCGAGUUGAGGAAAUUAUCGUUUCGCUCGAUGUCAACGACACUGUUAGACAACAGUGGAGGACGGCGUUGGUCACGCCGCUCGAACAAACACCUGGUCAAAUGCGCCUGUUUAUCAAUCAAAUUAUAUCGCGAAUGGGAUCAAAGAUGCGACCAGCCCUGAAAAAAACGAUGUUCCAUCUGGCUUGGUCGCCUGACAGUUUACCGACGUCUGAAGCGAUCGCCCCUUUGCUCGAGUACCUCGAUUUGCAUCUCGUUGCACUCAACGCCGCUCUUUUAACGACCAAUUUCAAUCACGUUCUCCAGGACGUGUGGGAAGUCGUACUCAGUGAACUGAGCAAUCAAAUGGACGGCAGUGCAGGGGACAAGCCAGCCAUGUUUUACGAAAGAUUGCACGAGGCUCUCGAGCUUCUGGUGAGCUUUUUUCACGCUGAAGAAAAAGGUCUCACUUACGAGAUGCUAAGAUACGAGAGAUAUUUGAACGUCGAGGAGCGGCUGGAGUAUCACAAGAUGGAUACGAUGCUGCUAAUUGAUCGUUAUUACCAGCAACGACUGCAGGACCAAAUAAACACAUUGACGGCAGAAUACGGUAUUCUGACGGUGAGAGCUUAUCUCAACCACGAUUCCUUGUGCGUUGAAGUGAUUAACGCGAGAGACGUUAUACCGCUCGAUCCGAAUGGUUUCAGUGAUCCAUUCGUAAUAAUCGAACUUUUACCCCGUCGAGUAUUUUCUCACUGCACUGAACAACAAACGAACGUUAAGAAACGAACUCUCAAUCCUGUUUUCGAGGAAUACUUCGAAUUCUCUGUGAGCGUCGAGCAAUGCAAAAGUCCCGAUGCUAUGGUCCUUUUCACUGUCAUGGAUCAUGACGUUCUGACAGCAAACGAUUUCGCCGGCGAGGCAUUUCUUGGUCUCAGUAGCGUUCCCGGGGUUGCCGAUUCCAAUGCGAGUAUCGACAAUUUCCACGGCCUUAAGCACCAGGAAUUGCCAUUAAUGCAUCAGAAAAAUCGAAAUAACGCCAUCUUGCAAAUAUUGGAAAAUCGCGUUGGUGACAAACAAGCAUUGGACUUUGUAAAGAAACAAAAACAACGCUUCGCCACCGCAUAAAAUGGGAAGGGAUUGAAGAUGUUUCCGAAAGAAAUCAACGAAAAAUUUAUCGAAUCGACAAAUUGCCCAGAAUCAACACGAGAAGGAAGAGAAACUCUGGAAGAAAAAAGGCAUGGCUACAAAAAACAGGGUGCAAACCUUUCAUGGAGGAAAUAUAUAUUUACACAAGGGUCAAUACGUUUCGGACUAAUCCCGAAUGUUAAUACUUCGUAACCUAUCGAAAAAGGAUUAAUUCAUUUUGGGCCAAAUAUUCGUUUUCGGUUUUAAAUAUGCUGUUUGAAUGUUCUAUUGGUAUGGAACGAUGUUUACUCAAAUUAUUAUAUAAGAUUAGUUCCAGUGAAUAAGCUGAUCGGGACUAGCGAAACAUGAUUUUCAAAUCAAUCAGCGCCCCUCAAAAUUGCUUUGAGAUUUUCAUUACCAAAGUUCGUACUUUUUUUCACAAACGAUUUUAUAUAACUAUACAUCAUAUUUUAUUCACAUACACGAAGAUAGAGAUAAAACUUUGGUACGAACCAAUAAUCUCUUCAAUGAAGCACACAUUUAUUGAAGGUUCAAAUGUUUUGUCCUUAAACAGUGAAACAAUCGAAUCGAAAGUUCUUUAUUAUCCGCAAGCUUGUUCGAAUUUUUAGAUUUUGAGUUUGCUGAGGAGAAAAAAUUAUCUUCCAAAAACAAAAAUAAAUAUAUUUGUUUAUAGAAAGAAAAUACGUAAAAUUGAUUGGGGGUAAGAAAAAAGGUAAAUAAAACACAAAGAUUGGAGCUCUUCGGAAAAUAGUUACUCCUGUUCGGUGUAAAAUCGUGUGUUGAAUAUUUAUGAGUGUUGAUAACCGCGAAAAAGCAUAAUAUAGAGUAUUCAAAAUAUAUAAGAAAAUAUCUGACAGAAGAGAUUUGACACGGAGUAAACAAAAGAAAAGAAUAUAUAUUAAGAGAAGGGGAAAAAAUAUUUUUGUGUCUAUGUCAAUUUAAGAGCGGAAAAGAAGAAUCUUUGGAAUUGUAUAAAAUAAGGUUUUGUGUGUAAUUCGAGGGCGAAUAUUACGCUAAGAUGAAAUUUAAAACGGCCAACAAUAAUCCGAGGCAAGGAAGACACGAGAUUCGAAAAUCCGAGAUGAUCGUAUUUCGAGGAGAACAGAAAGUAAAGUUUUCAAAAAAUACAGAAUGAAAUAAAUAACAGAUGAAAAUCUGAUAAAUCGUUGUGAUGUAUCCAUACAAUCAAUGUUUACAAGGCUUCUUCAGAUAAUCGGCUCUCGAAACGAGUUUACCUGUACAAAUUUAUUGGUAAUGUUAUUUUUACUCCCAAAGUAUAAUCAACAAUAUGUGCGAACAGUUUUUGCGACAAUUAUUGAAAGUGUAAUUACUUUGUAACCGUGAUUCUUACAUCAAGUAUCAAGUGUAAAGUCCUUGUGCGAUAUCUGAGAAAAAAAAAUAUAUUUGUAUAAAAUAUAACUAAAAAACCGUUGGGAUAAGAUGAUUACGAAAAACGAGCUUUCGUUGCUCCGGGAAAAUCGCUUCUUCUUCUGAAUAUGUUUUCAUUAAAUCCCAUUUUAUUUAACAUUCGUUGCGCUUCGAGAGCACCUGCUACUCCCAGAGGGUCGAGAUAAUAUUUUUCUUACUCAUCUCUAUGACUGAACUAUAUAUCGAUAUGUCCACACUCGUAUACACAGAUUAUGUGUACACGUAUAUAUGAUGCCACUGCAGCGUGUUGCUCUGAAUAAGAAAAGAAAAAAAAACGUUCAAGGGCUGCUCUUGUAUUGCAACUAUCACACGCUCUGAUGACCUUUCUCGAGUCUCUACGCGAUUUCGAUAAAACCAAUGAUCUAUUGAAAUAUCUCACAUUUUUAUUUCGCUGUACAUUCGAUGUACGUUAGCACAUAUAUGGGAAUGAGUGCUGAAAGAAGCUUUGAAAAAAAAUCUAUUCUCCGAGCUGUUGUUGAUAAUUUAGUGACGAUUAUUAAACUUUUUCAAACUUUUAUUACAGUUAAAUACAUUAUAAAAAAGGAGGACUCGAUUAUAAUUAUAAUUAAAAGAAUAAAAAAAAAAAAAA